AAAUCUGCCGGAGGUUGGACAUGAGUGCGCGGGAAAGCAGGGCGCGCGCGAGGUAUUUUUCGCGCGGUUUUCUUCCUCUUCCUCCUUUCAUGCUGUUGUUCUCGCGGGCGCACAGAGCGCGCGCGCUUGACGGUCACUUCAGUUAGCAGUGAAGUGUUUCCUCGGUUCUUUUUUUACCAGUUUGAGGGGCGAAAAAAAGCGAGAGAGAGGGGGACAAAAGAAGGAGAGAGAGAAGAAAAGGAGAGGAACUCGAUGGGAUGAUGGCAGCAAACUGGCCGUUGGGACUUUUUCUGUUUUUCCUUCAGGCUUGCAGUUCCCUAUCAGCUGAUGCCGAAGAGAGGCUGGUGGAUUUCCUCCUCAGUUCGGAUCGCUACAAUAAGCUAAUCAGACCGGCGAUCAAUAAGAGUCAGCAGGUCACCAUCGGCAUCAAGGUGUCCCUGGCUCAGCUGAUCAGCGUGAACGAGAGAGAGCAGAUCAUGACGACUAACGUGUGGCUCACGCAGGAGUGGAACGACUACAGACUCACCUGGGACCCGGACGAGUACGACGGCAUACAAAAACUACGAAUCCCCUCCCACCACAUCUGGCUUCCUGAUAUCGUGCUCUACAACAAUGCGGACGGUGUGUAUGAAGUCUCGUUCUACAGCAACGCUGUCGUCUCCAGCACGGGCGACAUCUUCUGGCUUCCUCCGGCCAUCUACAGGAGCGCCUGCGCCAUCGAGGUCCGCAACUUUCCCUUCGACCAGCAGAACUGCACGCUGAAGUUCCGCUCGUGGACGUACGACCGCACCGAGCUCGACCUUGUCCUGACCUCUGACUUCGCUAGCCGUGACGACUACACGCCCAGCGGCGAGUGGGACGUCGUGUCUUUGCCGGGCCGCAAGAACGAAGACCCAAACGACGCCACUUACAUGGACAUCACGUACGACUUCGUGAUCCGACGUAAGCCGCUGUUCUACACCAUCAACCUCAUCAUCCCGUGCGUGCUCAUCACCUCUCUCGCCGUGAUGGUCUUCUACUUGCCGUCAGACUGCGGUGAGAAGAUGACUCUGUGCAUCUCCGUGCUACUGGCCCUCACCGUCUUCCUGUUACUGAUCUCCAAGAUCGUUCCGCCCACCUCGCUGGCUGUGCCGCUCAUCGGCAAGUACCUGAUGUUCACCAUGGUGCUGGUGACCUUCUGCAUCGUGACCAGCGUAUGCGUGCUUAACGUGCAUCACCGCUCGCCGUCCACACACCACAUGCCUGCCUGGGUGCAGCGCGUCUUCCUGCACCAGCUGCCCGUCUUCCUGCUCAUGCGGCGACCGGGUCGCUCCAACGUGCGUGAACGGUUUCGGAGGAAAUACCGGAGCAGGUCGUUCUCUGGCGACACGUUCGCUCUGGGGGCACGGAGGGUGGCCGAGCUGCCCGAGGGCUCGGAGUUCAGGCAAAGGCUCGGAGUCUGGCGCGACGCAGAGGUGGAUGCAGCCAUAGAGGGCGUGCGGUUCAUUGCCGAACACAUGAAGAAUGAGGAUGAUGAUGAAGGGGUCAUUGAGGACUGGAAGUAUGUCGCCAUGGUGAUCGACCGUUUGUUUCUCUGGGUUUUCAUCCUGGUGUGUCUGACCGGAACACUCGGCCUCUUCGUCCAGCCCCUAUUCCAGAGCUACAACACACCUGUAGCAAGAGAUGACUGACUGAGUGACCACGGCGUUUAAUAAACGUGCCAGGUAAACCCGGAAAGAUGUCGGAGCACGUAUCAGUCGCAAUGAGACCAAGCAUACCGAAUAAAAGACAGCGAUCCACCACACGUACACACGCUGAUCGGCUGGCGAAACAUCCAGCACCUGCCCAGAUCUGCAGCUGUGUGACGGUGAUGACUGAUGUCACGUAAUCAGGGUAUUCAGAACUGUAUUACUGCACUAUGAAAACUAAUAGAGACUUAGUACCACCCUAAAUUCUUACGAUUUGGACACGGACAUCGUCACACGCAUCGUUUUCUUGUACACUUAUUUUACAUAAUGUUUUUUUUUCUCCACUGCCUAUAAAACUGCCCUGGUGUAGGUAGUAGAUCAGCUCUUGCCAUCACUCCUGCCGCAAUAAUCCUCAUUUCAGCCAUAGGGUUUUCAGAAGUGUUUCUAACACUAGCGUACCUUAUGAACAGCUACAAUAAAACCACAAAAAAUGGGCAUAUUUUAAUUAAGCUAAUUCAAAUUUAAAUACAUGCAAAUU